GUCAAGAGCAUUGGCUACAAAAUACAACUCUUUUCCUGAAGUUGCUUCACGACCCUUUGAUUGUGGUAGAGAUGGAUUUGUGAUAGGCGAAGGCUGUGGUAUCUUGAUACUAGAGGAACUUGAUCAUGCAAGACAAAGGGGGGCUAAAAUCUAUGCAGAAAUUCGAGGAUAUGGAAUGUCAGGUGACGCUUAUCACAUUACUCAACCACAUAAUGAUGGAAGGGGAGCUAUUCUUGCUAUGCAACGUGCGCUAGAACAGUCAGGUCUUCUUUCCAGUGAUAUAGACUACAUAAACGCUCAUGCUACAUCAACUACUCUUGGUGAUGCUAUAGAAGCCAAAUCAAUUGAAUAUGUUUUCGCUAACCAUGCAACCUCAGGUGCUUUAGCACUUUCCUCCACGAAGGGUGCUACUGGCCAUCUUCUUGGGGCAGCUGGUUCAGUUGAAGCAAUCUUUGCUGUUCUCGCUAUCCAUCACGGAAUUGCACCUUUGACAAUUAAUCUUGAAAAGCCUGAUCCAUGCUUUCACGGUUCAUUCACCCCUCUAACUGCCUCAAAAGAAAUGCCAAUCAGAGCUGCGCUCUCAAACUCAUUCGGCUUUGGUGGGACAAAUGCAUCCUUGCUCUUCACAAGUCCACCUUAACUUGAUUCUGUUUAUGUAAACUACAUAAUGCAGCAUUCGGAGCACACGCAGGGUAAGAAGCUGCACAAUUGUUGUGAUAUUCAUGCCUUAGGAAAUGUGCAUUUUUCAUUUUAUUUUUUUUUUUUUGGGUUGAACUAUUGUGAUUGAUGAUUGGUUUAGAGUUUUCUCUCUAAUUAUGAGUCUUGUGUUCUUGUAGUACAUAUAACUGAUUUUUUUUGUUACGAUUGGUGAUCAAAUUCUCCCAAAUAAAAGUUUUUACAUCUA